GGGUGGAGGGGGAAGGAGAAGAAAGCAGAGCACUGUAGGAUCCUGGGGAAGAGACCUCCAUGGAGAGAGUACAACAGUGGCUGCAGAGAAAUGGACCUAUGAACAUUAAUCACUAUGCCAAUAAGAAGAGUGCUGCAGAAAGCAUGCUGGAUAUUGCUCUGCUGAUGGCCAAUGCAUCCCAGUUAAAAGCAGUGAUGGAACAAGGACCCUCUUUCUCAUUCUACGUCCCACUCAUUGUUCUCAUCAGCAUGUCACUCGUACUUCAAGUUGCAGUGGGCGUGCUCCUGAUAUUUCUUGUAAAAUAUGACCUUAACAACCCUGCAAAACACAACAAGCUGGAUGCUCUCAAUAACGUUGCAACUGGACUGGUGUUCAUUAUAGUAGUUGUGAAUGUUUUUAUCACUGCGUUUGGAGUACAGAAGCCUGCACCUGACACAUCCUCAAAACAGUAGGUGACAGAAAGAAAUCUGAACCACAGACCUCUCAGCAGAUACCUUCUGCAUUUUAUCUUGGACCCAAAGAGAAUAAUCUGAAGAAGUGAAAUUAUUCAAACUAGCCUCUUUAUUAGUUUUCUUCAUCUGACGUUUUUCUGUGCCUGAAAUUUUUAUCUUUUAAAUGUUUAAGGUGUUUAGUUUCUUUUGAAAGCAUCAAAUAUUACAAAUCUUAGCACAUUGAUGCAUUCCAAGAUUAAGGCAGCUCUGUUUCUCUAGCAACUGGUAGUUCUUCAAAGAAAUAUGCAGCAUAACAUAUUGCAGGGAAUGAAGUGAUGGCAUCCACUUCAGAGACAUCUCAGGACUCUUCACUUUCUAUGCCUUCUGUUUUCCUGGUGGGCAAGAAGUUGCCCAACAUAAUUGUUGAUUGUUGUCUACUCUGGCAAUGGUUUCCAAACUUUCUGGACCAGUGGACUGCUUUCAGCCCUCAGAAUAUUUUGUGGACUACCAUAUACCCAUGUCAUUAAGGUUUUAAGUGAAAAAGCAGGGAGAGGGUAUAAUUCUUGAACCACUUGCUGUGGCCUCAAGGGAAUAACUAAACUAUCGAAAAUAAGGGCUUCAGUUUGGCAUGAUCACACUGCCUAUACCUCACUUCACUGGGAUCUAGAUAUUUGUAAUUCACAGUGCAGUUAUCUUUAUGCUGAAUCAAGAGGCCACAUCUUAUUGCCCCUCUGUCAGCUAAUUGGAAACUCUGCUUCCUCUAAGUUAAAAGGAGAGACUAUUAGGAACAAAAGAUCAGCUGGAACAUUCAGUUGUCCAGUUUCCCUCACAAGCAGUCAUUUGCCCAACUUCUGUCUCUAGAUCACAGUCAGUACUUGACAAUCUGAGUGAAUCUCCUUCCCUGUCAUGCAACCACAGAAACAGCCCCUUUGCCUAGUUUCUCAUCCACAUUGUACUCUAGCCUGUAAAAAUAUAUUAUGUACCAUUCUAGCCUCUUAUGAAAAGUCUGUUAACAUGUUACUAUAUCUAGGCCCAGCUGAGUAACUUAAGAAUAGAAGGUUAAAUUCAUCCAUGCACAGAGGGAUUUUUCAGGGCACCUAUGCUAUUAACCCUGAAAAACAGUGUGCAUUAACUGAAUUUUGCUUGACAGCUUUUUCUGCAUGCUCUUGCUUUUGUGAGUAUGUGACUAAUUUGAGUCGAAAAUAAAUUUAAAACGGUGGGGAGAUCUUUAUGGCUCAUGUAACCUGCUGGCACGGGAAGUAAUUUUUCCUGAGUACACACUGCUGCUGGCAGUGAUGUGUAUUGUAGAUACUACCACUAACAAAAGCAUUUUAAUCCUUUUAUUUCUAAUUUAUAGUACCUGCAAGUAGAAGUUUAGUUUUCUUGUGUUAACUUCCUUUUAGAUAUAAAUGUGUAUUAAUAUAUCUCCUUUGUCAUCACUUUAUGUUUUAAAAUCUCUCAUCUUGUAGCACUAUACAUAAAAUUAUUAAGAGAACUGAAAGUACGUCGAGUUCUCAAAGAAGCCUUUAUGAAGAAAUGAGCUUUGAGACUUCUCUUGUUUUCUGUAGGUUACGUAAGUAUUAUCUUCCAGCAGAAAACAAAGCAUCAAAAAGUUUUUGUUGCUUUGUUUCUUGUUAAGACUCUUUUCUUAAAAGUCUCUGGUAAAUAAGGUCUGUACAACACAGAGCAAAGACAUUUUACUGUAGCUUAGAGUAGCUACAAGCAGAUGCUUACCACAGAUUUCCCCAACAUUUAAUGUAAUCUCUCAAAUAAAAAUUAGUCAAAAUAAUAGUAAAUAAAACAGAUGAAGAAAUAUCACUAUGUACUAGGGCUGUGCGAAGCUUCGUUCCCCAAUGCGAUUUGGCAAAGAUUCGGCCCAAUUCAGAGACCGAAUCUCCAAAUCCGAAUCAAAUCAGGAGGCCCUUUAAUCUCUCCAAAUCGAAUUGGAACCCUCCAAAUCGAUUGGGAGAGAUUUGACGAUUCGGACAUA